AUGACGUCUUUCCCGCUGGCGCGCAAAAGACGACGAACCUCAUCUCCAUCCCCUCCGGUCCAGACUCAGUUGCCGAUAAUUAACGGCAUUGCUCCCACUCUGCCAGUGGCCUCACCAGACCCGGAUGGCGCGUCAUUUCCACCCCCCGAUGGCCUAUCUACUUCGAUAUCCACGGCUCUUCACGUCAUUGCCACCGAGCGGGCUGCCUUGGCACAUCUUGAGAAGAUAUAUUUGACAGAUAAACUUGCCCGGGAUAGUAUUGAGCGCGCAGUUACAACGAUAGCCGACACUGUGAGCUCUGGGGGGAAACUUGUUAUCACUGGGGUUGGUAAGAGUGGAAAGAUAGGCGAGAAGGUGGUGGCUACUAUGAACAGCCUGGGAGUGCAAAGCACUUUUCUACAUCCCACCGAAGCGCUCCAUGGAGAUCUUGGCAUGAUUAAACCAAAUGACACUGUCCUCCUAGUAACCUUUUCGGGAAAAACGCCGGAACUUCUUCGCCUUCAGCCCUAUCUUCCAACAACUGUGUCCAUAAUCGCUAUCACUGCUCAUAUGCAGCCCGAUUUGUGCCCCCUUUUAACUUGUUCCAGCAAUGCCAACUCAAUUCUCCUUGCCAGCCCUGUUCACGAGCAUGAAGAAAUAUCCUUCGGUUUACCUGCGCCAAUGACUUCCACAACUGUGGCGCUGGCUGUGGGCGAUGCGCUAGCUCUUGCUACCGCCAGAAGGCUGCAUACCAUACCCGGCAGAGGCCCCGCGGAAAUUUUUAAAGGUUUUCAUCCUGGGGGGACAAUCGGCGCCGCAUCAUGCAUAUUUACGACGCCGUUAUCGGAGUCAACCUCUAGCUCAACUCCCGCAAGUUCGUUGUUUUCUGAGGAGCUCCCUGAACGACCAAGUCAGAUUCCUCCAACCUCAUCGUCAAAUCAGGACCGUUGCAUAUCUGAUGUCGGGACACCAUUCUCGCUAAUUCAUUGCAUAUCAACGCAAUCUCCUCCACUCCUCGCACAAACGCGCAUUAUCGAUAUCUUAAGAGCCGCUAUCAGGUUUCCAGCAGCCAGAUCUUGGGUUCUCCUAUCUCCAACAGCAAUCAUCCCACCCCAGCAAGUUCGUGCCCUCUCCGAGGAGAAGAAUGUGGAUAUCACGUUGCAAAACCUUCCGUAUGUGACCGAAGUGAUUAUCCAUCAAAAAGAUUGGCUCCAUGUUCCACAAUACAGUACCAUUGGUGACGUGAAGCGGAUGGUUAAUGAGCGGAACGAAGAGGCCUUUGGGCAUACUGAUGUCCCAACCCCUGUGAAAGGGGCCAUCAAGCCAGUAAUAGCGGUGACUGAUGGGAUCACUGGUGAUAUCAUAAGUGUCAUUGAGAGACAAGACCUGUUGGAUAAAUAUGCAUGA